AUGGCCGCUCCCAAGCGGUUUCCGACGCUCAUUCAGCUGGAGCAGCGAGGGAAGCUCUUCGAGGUGCUUGGGAACCUCACCAAGCGGCCCUACUGGUUUCACUCCGAGUACCUGAGGAGCCCGAAGGCAGUUCACCUGGAGGCCUGGCUGGUGGAGGCGCUCUUCGGCCGGGGUGGAGAACUCAUCCCGCACGUCGAGUGUGUGUCACAGACCCUGCUUCACGUUCAUCAGUGGGACCCGGACGGCGAGGCUGAAAUCUUGAUAUUUGGCCGGCCUUAUUAUCAGCAGGAUGUAUCCAAGAUGAUCAUGAAUUUGGCUGACUAUCACCAUCAACUCCGGGCGCGAAAGGCCGGGACCCAGCGAUCCCCCGACGCAGUCCGGGAGGCCGGGACCCAGCGAUCCCCCGGCGCAGUCCGGGAAGCCGGGACCCAGCGGUCCCCCGACGCAGUCCAGGAGGCCGGGACCCAGCGGUCCCCCGGAGCAGUCCGGGAGGCCGGGACCCAGCGGUCCCCCGACGCAGUCCGGGAAGCCGGGACCCAGCGGUCCCCCGACGCAGUCCAGGAGGCCGGGACCCAGCGGUCCCCCGGCGCAGUCCGGGAGGCCGGGACCCAGCGGUCCCCCGACGCAGUCCGGGAAGCCGGGACCCAGCGGUCCCCCGGCGCAGUCCGGGAGGCCGGGACCCAGCUGUCACCCGGGAAAGCCUGGGAAACGGGGACCCAGCGAUCCCCCAGCGUUGCCCGCGAGGCGGCCACCCAGCGGUCCCCCGGCGCAGCCCGCGAGGCGGCCACCCAGCGGUCCCCCGGCGCAGCCCGAGAGGCCGGGACCCAGCGAUCCCCCAGCGCAGUCCAGGAGGCCGGGACCCAGCGGUCCCCCGACGCAGCCCGCGAGGCGGCCACCCAUUGGUCCCCCGGCGCAGCCCGAGAGGCCGGGACCCAGCGGUCCCCCGGCGCAGCCCGCGAGGCGGCCACCCAGCGGUCCCCCGGCGCAGCCCGCGAGGCGGCCACCCAUUGUUCCCCCGGCGCAGUCCGGGAAGCCGGCACCCAGAGCUUCCUCGAAGUUACGCGGGAUCCCAGUUUCUGA